UUUUUGCAGCAACAAGAAACACAGCUCCUGGCUGUUUUUAAAGCAUUGCUAAAAGUUAACUUUUCACUUUACCACGCAUAAAAGUAAAAUGGCAUUAACAAGUGAACUAGACAAGGAGGUAAUAAAUUAGACUUCUUUUCAUUUUAGAGAGAGAAGAUGGAAACAGCAUUGGUUUUCUUUUCUCAAUUAAGUAUGUGUGAAUCAAAAGAAAAAACUUUUUUUGAGUUAAUGCAUAGUUCAGGAAAAGAAGAAAAAAACAAAGAGGCCAAAAUCAGAUCUAAGGAAAAAAGAAAUAGGCUAAGUCUCCUCCUGCUAAAACAUGAGUUUCAUGAAGAAAAUCAUUCCAGUACAUCUGGGCACUUGGCCAAAGACACAAGAGUCUCCCCUGAAGUGGCAAUGAAAUGGGGUGAAUCAUUUGACAAACUGCUUUCCCAUAAAGAUGGACUAGAGGCUUUUACCAGAUUCCUUAAAACUGAAUUCAGUGAGGAAAACAUUGAAUUUUGGACAGCCUGUGAAGAUUUCAAGAAAAGCAAGGAACCUCAACAAAUGAUCCUUAAAGCGAAAGCAAUAUAUGAGAAAUUUAUACAGAAUGAUGCGCCACAAGAGGUUAAUCUUGAUUUCCACACCAAAGAAAUCAUUACAAAGAGCAUCACCCAACCCUCCAUCCACAGUUUUGAUGCUGCACAAAGCAGAGUGUACCAGCUUAUGGAACAAGAUAGUUACACACGUUUUCUGAAAUCUGAUAUCUAUUUAGACUUGACAGAAGGAAGACCUAAGAGACCAACAAAUCUUAGAAGACGAUCACGUUCAUUUACCUACAAUGAAUUCCAAGAUGUAAAGUCAGAUGUUGCUAUUUGGUUAUAA